AUUUUUUUUCCGUACACGGUAGGCAGUAUCAUUGACCGUGGGCAGUAUCAUUUUAACCGUUGGCAGUAUCUAUUAAUUUUUUCAAUAUUUUUCGGAAACCGGUCCUUUGACAUGCUCAAGUGUUUGUACCGCAAAUGCCCGUGGAAACUUUUGACUUGACCGAAAACAAAGAGAAAUACAGAAUAUGAGUGUGGAAUAACUUAUUCGAAGCGAAAGUAGCUGCAUCCAACGAGAAAACGAAAAGCAGCAAAAUAAAUGGCUUUCAUUUGUUUUAUCGCGAAACAGUGAACACCUUAAUGAGUGAAGCGACUGUUGCGGAUGAUGCCCCGCCAGAACUGGCAGAGAUGAGUAAAAUUGGAUCAGAAAGAUGGAAGGCACUUGACGAUGCUUCGAGAAAGGAAUGGAACAAGAAAGGGCAAAAGAAGCGAGAAGAAGAUGACUGUGGUCAAACUGAGUCGUUGAUUUGCGCAAAAUGCAAGAAAACCUUCACGCGACAGAAGGAGUUCAACUAUCACAGCAAGAAUUGCGUACUAUGUACUUGCGAUAUUUGUCAAAAGGAAUUCAGCAACAAAAUUUCUUUGAGAAAGCACAGGAAGAUUCACGAUAACAUAAUCACGUGCGCUCUAUGUGAAAAGUCGUUCUCUUCACAACAAGCAUUGAAGAGACAUACCCAUUCAGUACAUGAAACACAAACUUAUGCAUGUGAUGUUUGUACCAAAAAAUUCUCGACUCAUGGAAAUCUGAAACGUCAUGAGAAAAUACAUUCUAAGUAAAA